UCGUCUUUGAAAAAAGGAGUGAAAAGAGAAACAAAAAAAAAAUAAUGGCCGGAGAAGGAGCACAAAAGCAACUCUAUGAUGCUGCAAGAAUUGGAGAUUUAACAGCAUUCCAACAACUGCUCCAAAGAAAUCAACAUUUUCUUGAUGUAGUUUCAUUUCCAUGUCUGAAAAAUGUGUUACACAUAGCAAUAAAGCAGGGAAAAGAGAGCAUUGUGGAAGAGGUGUUGAAGAUCGACCCUGAGCUAGCUCUCGAUGUAGACUCCAACAACUCGUCAUCUCUCCACAUUGCAGCUGCAAAAAGGAACGUCGAGAUCACGAAAAGAUUGCUAUCAGUAGCCCCGGAGAUGUGCUGGUGGAGAGACCGCCAUGACAUGAACCCAAUCCAUUUGGCAGCCAUGAAAGGGAAUGAGGAGGUGUUGAAGGAGAUGCUUCAACUGGAUCUUGCUCCUGCUCGGGAAAGAGCCCAUCGCGGCCAGACCGCGUUGCACUUGUGCGUCAAACAUUGUCAAAUAGAGACAUUGAAGGUUUUGGUUGAGAAGAUGGGAGACCUAGUGGAAGCAAAGGAUGAUGAUGGGGAAACACUCUUGCAUUUGGCUGUUAGAUCCAAUCGACUUGAGAUUGUACGGUAUUUGGUGGAAAGUAAUAAAAUAAAGAGGCUAGAAACAGAUUCGACGGGCAAAACAGCACUGAGUAUCGUGCCUGGAGACACAAGUAGAGAUUUCGAAAUGAGAAGACUGUUGAGUAGUAUCUCUUCUCUUUCAGCCGAGAGAUUACCCAAGAUGACCGACAUAACAAUGGUGGUGGUGGUUCUGAUAGCCACCAUGGCGUUCCAGGCGGCGGUCAGUCCCCCAGGGGGUUUGUGGCAGGACGGCACGUCAUCAGGCAAAGCAGUGAUGGCAACUACUCAUCCCCGGAUAUACAAACACUUCAUUCGUGCUACCACCACGGCUUUCAUCUCAUCCGUCUUCACAAUCUUCCUCAUCAGCACAGGCGCGCCACAGGAAGAGCUGUUCUUCCUGGCGAUCGCCACCUAUUCAAUGUGGGUCUCGAUUACGUCUAUUGGAGUGAGUUAUGGGAUUUCAUUAAUGAUGACCGAUCCCAUGGAAACUAAAUCAGUUGGACAAAUUGUGGCCAUAGUCGUCUCUUCCUUCUUCAUCGUCUUUAUAUUACUCUUUGCUUACUAUCCCAUUCGAAGCUUGUUCCAAAGAGUCCGCAAGAUCUUCAAACGCUUCUUCAACGAUCACUAUUGGCUCUGACCUUAUUAAUGUUAAAUAAGGAGGCGGGGGGAAAUAUAUUUCUUCCUCCACAAUUAGGUGUCUUCUUUUUUCUAAACAUGUGUUUUAUAAAAUGUUACCGGAGAAGUGACAUUCUUAUUUGUAGACACAAAUUCUUAUCUUGGCAGGCCUCCUCGCCCAUCUAAUUCAUGACCAAUCGUUGGCUCUA